AUGUCUGAAAGGAAGUUGUGGAAAAAACGCUCGGGGUGGGGCUUUUGGGCCCCGGACCAGGCCUUGGGCUUUGCGAGUGCUUGGGGGGACGUAACUUCGGAGCACUCCGUAGCACUCCGGGCCUUGGCUCCCUCAGCACCGAUCUGGUUGCGAUUGAGGUCGAUUGUGGAGACGGUGCCGUUCGUCUUGAGGGCCUCGGCUAAGGCCUGCGGCGAGGGGAUGGUGCAGGUCCGCAGCUGGCGGCUUUGGGGGAGCACGCGGGGCCGCCUUUAUAUCGGCUUGGGGCUGGCCAGGGGCUGUUGUAUGGGGCUUCCGGAACCCCCAGCUAUUCCGGGGAGCGAUCUGCUGCUGCAAUCAGAAUUCCAAAUCUACGCCAUGCCCUUGCUACAUCUGGUCACAAACCUGAAAAAGAAUUCUACACUCGAAGGCAAUACGUCGUCUACGAAGAUCAACUACAGUACGAAGUAG